UUCAGCCCAAACACUUGCACUAGCAAAUGCCAAAAAGCAACCCUAAUGGCAAAAAGAUUUCAGAACAAACCCCCUUUUCUAACACUUCCAAGUUCCGACCAUCACCGCGGCCGCUUGAGGGCGCGGCAGAGCUCCCUCUCGCAGCCGUCGUCGAUGUCCCCCAUCCGCUUCUGCCGAAUUAAAACCAACCAAAAAGCUUUCCGUCACCGGAUUCUUAUCUGUUUGCUUCUUCCGAUUGCUCAGUCUGGUGUUGAUCUGACCCAGCUAUUAUCUCUGGUUCAUAUGCAAUGAAUUAUGCUAAAAGGAGUCAAUGUAAAAUACUAACGGAUAGGUUGACAUGCUGCGGUAGUACUCCGAAGUUCUGAUUCCGAAUUCCGUUAGGUUCUUUGAAAGUUGACAUUCUUGAUGCACGAACUGCACCACUGAAAAUCCAAGAAAUUAUGGCCGGAGGUGCAAAAACAUGCAGUCUUGAGAACCACCAAGCUCCAACUGAAGGCUGGACCGUUGUUAUGCCUCGCAGUGCAAGGCUAAAAAAGAUUGCUUGUGAAGCAGUUUCCUCUUCUGAAGAACAAAAUAAAAAACAACCUUGGACACCACAGGAUUGCGAAACAGACCCAGCAACUGAAGCAAAGUUGGUGCAAAAGAUUCAAACAUGCAUCCAAAGACUAGAAAACUCCUGCUUUUGGCAAACCUUCCUGAACCAAUUACAAACUGGUGAAACUUCAGAUAGGAUCAACCAGGUUUUAGGGUCUGAAACAAAGGUGUGCAUGGUGAUAUACGGCAUUGGCAGCAUAGAAUCAUUUGAAUCCCCCAGAUUACAGCUCAGUCUUGCCAUCUUGAUGAAGAGGGAGCUUAGUUGGAUCGGCGAUAUGGAGAUAUUCGAUCCCAUCAUAACCCUAACAGAAUCUAGGGUGCUGACAUCACUUGGGUGUUCUGUUCUGUCUAUAAAUGAGAAUGGCAGACGGGAAGCUGCAAAACCCACACUGUUCUUCAUGCCACAUUGCGAGGCAGAGCUGUAUGACAACCUGCUGCAUGCAAACUGGAGGGCUGAUCUCCUGAGUCACAUCAUUCUGUUUGGGAACAGUUUUGAGGAAUAUGAGCAUCAUACAUCGAUAUGCAACAACACUUAUUCUGCCAACUCAAGGAAGCAUAUCUUGGCUGCAAGGAAGUUCUCCAAAGAGUUGGGAAUCACUUGUUCAGAAGACGAUUGUCUGCAGCAGGCUUUCCUCGGUUGCAGUUGGCAUUUCUUUGGCCUUGAUUCUGGGUCCGCAUUGCCCGAGAUCUGAUGGAAGUAAUGGCUUGAAAUUGAUUUUCUUUUCGUAAAAAAAAAGACAUGGCUGAAUUAUUAUUAUUAUGGAAAAGAAUCUGUACAAUGCAAUACAUGUGUAUGUUAGCAUUCAUUCUCUUCAUCAACAAAUAGUGCUCUGGAGGAGGUCAAAAAGAUCUUUUGUGUUAACAAAAGGAGACAUGUGUGUGUUAAACUGUUUAUCUUUCAAUAUGUCUAAGGAAAUGGUGACAUAAACGUGGAUUAGUGUCUUUU